CAGCUACGGGGGCUAUCGUAGCAACGUGAAGCAUUGUGGGGCAGAGGCGGCCUUCUCUUUAUUGAGACCGGCAAGACUUGCUGAAGUAAAUAUCGGAGGCAGCAGACUUCUGUAUUAGUUAAUUAAUAGUUUCUUGACUUAUUACACUAAGCCUCAGUUUCUUUAGACAUGGGGCAGGAGGAGCUUAUGAGUCGAGCCGAAGAUGUGGCGGACCAGUUCUUGCGGGUGACGAAGCAGUACCUGCCUCACCUGGCUCGUCUGUGUCUAAUCAGCACCUUCCUGGAGGACGGCAUCCGUAUGUGGUUCCAGUGGAACGAGCAAAAGGACUACAUCGAGGCGACGUGGGGCUGUGGCUACUUCCUGGCCACCUGCUUUGUGCUGCUCAACCUCACAGGACAGCUUGGUGGCUGUGUCCUUAUCCUCAGUAGAAAUUUUGUACAGUAUGCCUGCUUUGGAUUAUUUGGAGUCAUAGCUCUACAGACGGUUGCAUACAGUAUUUUAUGGGAUAUAAAAUUUCUGAUGAGGAACCUUGCUCUUGGCGGUGGACUCCUGCUGUUACUAGCGGAGUCACGUUCAGAAGGGAAGAGCAUGUUCGCUGGCGUCCCCUCCAUGGGGGAGAGCUCACCAAAGCAGUACAUGCAGCUGGGAGGUAGAGUCCUGUUGGUGCUCAUGUUCAUGACCCUGCUGCACUUUGACCCCAGCUUCUUCUCGAUCCUCCAGAACAUGGUGGGCACGGCUCUCAUCAUUCUGGUGGCCAUUGGCUUCAAGACCAAGCUGGCCGCCCUGACCCUGGUAAUAUGGCUGCUGGCCAUCAACGUCUACUUCAACGCCUUUUGGACUGUGCCCGCCUACAAGCCUAUGCAUGACUUUCUCAAGUACGACUUCUUCCAGACCACGUCCGUCAUCGGAGGGCUGCUGUUGGUCGUAGCACUGGGGCCCGGCGGGGUGUCCAUGGACGAGAAGAAGAAGGAAUGGUUGCCAUCUUCCCCGCUUUGCAGAAGCCCCAGGCCUCAUCCUUACACACAUCCAGUCCCAUGGCUGUGACUCAUGGAUUGCAAAUGGAGAUGAGUUGUGGGGGAUGUGUGCAUUGUAUACUACUAUUCAAAAUGGUGGAUUGAAGUUGUGCUUGAUUGAAUAUUGAAACAAUUGUUAGCACCAGAACUCUUUUUUUGGGCGCUUUGUUCAGUACAUCUAGGGCAAAUGCCUAACUAGUAACUGUAUUUUAACAGGGCAGUAGUGGGAGUUUGACAUUUGUGAAACACCAUAUUCCUCAAUCUAAAGAAGCAAGCAGAACUGAAGAGUCAGCAAUCACCCUGACUUUCCUUUGUUCAGUGUUUUUGCUUCAUACUGUAUAAGGAAAUAAAAAUCUUGAGUUUAUUGAUUAUCAGAA